AUGGACCUGAUGAGUGAUAUGCCCAUGGGCUCCAUGUCCAUGGCGAGCGGGGCUCCGAGCCUUCUCACGAUGCAAAAGAUGUACUGGGCUGUGGUGGGAAGUGCCAUCGGCCUAGCCACCAUCGUGAAUCUACUGAAUUGGAUUCUGGCACGACAUCGAUUACGGGACACGUCUCUCACUCCUGCGAAACCCAAGUCCCUUUUCUUCGGCAUCUACGCGACCAUCACUGCCAUCGUUCGCGAAGUGGGCCACGCCACCCUUCACCCUCUGACGGUUGGCAGUCACACCAUCCACUUUCCGCCCCUUGGCCCCGUCCUGAUCAUGCUGGCCAAUCUCAUCACCAUUCUCGUGCUCUGCUUCUACAAGCUAGACACGCUCGAUGUCUGGCAGUGGGAGAACAUCGGCUACAGCACGGGAUGCAUUGCCAUCUGUCAGUUGCCUCUCAUCUUCCUGCUGGCGGGAAGACAGAAUAUCAUCGGCUUCCUAGCCGGCAUGAGCUACGCCAGUCUGAAUUGGUAUCAUCGCUGGGCGGCGCGGACUCUGUGGCUCACCUCGACCAUUCACAUGUGCUUUUGGUUCCGCGACUGGGGGCGCUAUGACUACAUCGCCUACGAGCUGGUCAAUGAUGAUCUCACUAAACGAGGAUUUGCCGCGUGGUGCCUGCUGACUUGUAUUCUGAUUACCUCGGUCCGUCCAAUCCGGGGACUGAGCUACGAAGUCUUUGUCCUGCAGCACCUGGUGACUUUCAUCGGCUUCAUUGUUGCCGUCUGGAUGCAUGUCCCCAACGAAGUGAGGGUGUACCUCUGGAUCCCCAUUGGAUUGCUGGUCUUUGACCGUCUAGCGCGGUAUAUUGGGGGCGCAUAUCUCAAUCUGGCUCUCUUUCAUCGGCAAACAGAUGGCAAGACCGGGCAACGUCUGUGGACACAUUCGGCAACGUUCGCUCCGAUGCCGGGGAACGUUACGCGUGUGACCAUCCCGAACCCCGGGAUGCAUUGGCAACCGGGUCAGCAUGUAUUCCUGACCUGUCAUUCUCUCGCUCCGUUCCAAUGCCACCCUUUCACCAUUGCCUCGCUCCCCGAAGAUCAAAGACUGGACUUUUACAUUCGCGCCAAGACGGGGGCUACCCGGCGCCUGUUUCGAUUCGCUUCAAAGAAUGACGAUAAUCUUGGACCUCCUACCGCGGCCGCAGUCUCGCAAGAUCAAACCGUCUUCAUCGAGGGACCCUAUGGUGCCGUGCGACCUCUGCGUCAAUUUGACAGUGUGGUGUUGUUGGCUGGUGGCACGGGUGCAACCUUUACGGUGCCUCUGCUGCGAGACUUGGUGUCGGGAUGGAACAAGGACAGUAGGGGAGAAACGUCUCGGGUCUCCCGCAGCGUCAAGCGCCUGGCAGCGACCAAGCGGAUCCGAUUUGUUUGGGUGAUCAAAUCACGAGCCCAACUUGGCCUCUUUGAAUCUCAACUACAAGCAGCGCUGGCCGACGUGGCUGAAUGCCAACUCAGACAACCAGACGGUGGGAGAGAGGUUGAGAUUAGCAUCUAUAUUACCUGUGAUGAAAGGUUGGAGGUUCCGCAUCCAGUAUCGACCAAUGCCCCGCCCGCCUCGUCGACUGUCGUCACUGAGGAAGCGCCCAACCUGUCUGAGACGAAUGGCUUUGAUGAAAAGGACAACAUUUCCGUACGCUCGCUUUCCGCAGGAUCCCUCUCUUCGUCGGCGGCCCCAGCUAUGGCCGGUCGGGGCUGUUUACCCGGUGGGGGAUGCUGCUGCACGACGCAGAUCAUGGAUGAGGAUCAAAUUGACACCUGUACAUGCAAGUGUUCCGGCCCUGUGCCGGUCCCCGCCGCGAACUCGGGUGUCGGCGGGGCCAAUGAACAGACGAUGAAGUCUUCUGAACCACCGACUCCGCUGCCCAUUGCCUUACCCAUCUUCGCCGGCCGUCCUCAUCCACGAACAAUCAUCCGGAAAGUCCUUGAAAAGGCCGAAGGCGAAAGCGCCGUGGUAGUUUGCGGGCCCCAGGGUCUCAGUGACGAUGUACGUCGGAGCGUGGUAUCUCUCAGUGACGAACGAGCGGUCCACAAGGGGACGGGAGCGCAGGGGAUAUACUUGCACAUCGAGAGCUUUGGGUAUUGA